AGUCAACGCAUCUCUUUCACCCUCUAUAUCUUCUUCAUCCUCUCCUUCUUCUGUGCUUCCUCUCUCUCUACUCUCUCUCUCUCUAUCUCUGCAAUGAAAUUUCGGGUUUAGUUUUGGUCAGAUCGAGAUUUGCCCUGUGUACUCUGUUCUGGUGAUUCGAUGGGUAACGGUUGCUAUAAGCUCAGCGUCUGCUUCUCCGGCGAUGGCGAGGUUCGCCGGAGAAAAGACAUGGCCGUCGUCAUUUCUGAUCCAAUCGACGAUCUGGGUCACUCCUUUUGCUACGUGAGACCUGACGCAUCUCGUCUCUCGUCCUCCAAAGUCCACUCCGAGGAGACGACGACUUUUCGAUCCAUCUCCGGCGCCUCCGUGAGCGCCAACACAUCCACGCCUCUCUCCACAGCUUUCGUCGAUAUCUAUAGCUACAACAGCAUCGAUCGAGCCUCGGCUUUCGAGAGCUCCACCUCUUUCGCCUCCAUUCCCCUCCAACCCAUUCCCCGAAAUUCGAUUAAUUCUGGGCCUUUGUCAUCGAAUUUUGGGGGAAUUCCGGGUUCAGGUCCGAUGGAGAGAGGGUUUUUAUCAGGUCCAAUCGAGCGUGGAUUCCUAUCGGGACCUCUCGACCACAGCCUCUACUCGGCUCCUCUGGAAAAGGGUUGCUCCGAUCAGUUCCAGCGGAGUUAUUCUCAUGGUGGUUUCGCUUUUGGAUCCAGAUCGAGAAAAGGAUCGUUGAUUCGGGUUCUGCAAAGAGCGAUAUCCAAGACGAUUUCUAGAGGUCAGAAUUCUAUUGUUGCUCCGAUUAAAAGUGUUGUUUCGGUCAAAGAACAUGAUUGGAUUGUUGGGUCUGAGAAGCAAAACGAAUUGACAAUCAGUAGUGUUAAUUUGAGCAGUGAAGGUAGUUUAGACGAUGAUGAUUCAUUGGGAAGUCAGAAUCUUCAAUGGGCACAAGGUAAGGCCGGCGAGGAUCGAGUUCAUGUCGUGGUAUCGGAGGAACACGGGUGGGUAUUCGUUGGAAUCUAUGACGGAUUCAACGGCCCCGAUGCACCGGACUUUCUUCUAUCCAAUUUGUAUUGUGCUGUUCAUAAGGAGCUCAAAGGAUUGUUGUGGGAUGAUAAGUGUGACUCUACCAAUAGUACUUCCUCUGUUCCAUCCGAAAAUUCGAAUUCAGAAAUGGAGGAUUCGUGUGCUCGAGGGGAUGAUGAGUUUUCGAGGGAGGGCUGUUCACGGUGUGUUGAGCAAGAGAAUUAUCCCUGUGGAAGUGAGGAUGCGAACUGUGAUUCGGAUUCGAGAAGAAAGAGGGGUAAGAAUUCGAAGAACAAGUACAGAGGAGUGGCAAAGAAGUGGGAGGAGAACCAGAGGAGGUGGAAGUGUGAAUGGGACAGAGAGAGAUUAGAGCUCGAUCGGAGGUUAAAGGAGCAGUUAAAUCAGGGUGGUUCUAAUGGUUCAGGAGCAAUCAAUCACUCUGAUGUGUUGAAAGCUCUGUCUCAAGCAUUGAAGAAAACAGAGGAGGCCUAUUUGGAUAUUGCAGAUAAGAUGGUUAUGGAAAAUCCUGAGUUAGCUUUAAUGGGCUCUUGUGUUCUUGUUAUGCUAAUGAAGGGAGAAGAUGUUUAUGUGAUGAAUGUGGGCGACAGUCGAGCCGUGUUAGCUCAGAAGGCCGAGCCCGAUCUAUGGUGUCAGGACUUAGAGAGGAUCAAUGAAGAAACAUUGCAUGAUCUUGAAUCGUGUGACGGGGAUGGAUCCAACGCCAUGCAAAGUUUGACUGCUAUGCAACUCACAAUGGAUCAUAGCACAUCUGUAGAAGAGGAAGUUCAAAGAAUAAAAAGUGAACACCCUGAUGAUGCUUGUGCUGUGAUGAAUGACCGUGUAAAGGGCUCAUUGAAGGUCACUCGAGCUUUUGGGGCUGGUUUUCUUAAACAGCCUAAAUGGAACAAUGCACUUCUAGAGAUGUUUAGAAUUGACUACGUUGGAACCUCCCCAUACAUCACCUAUCUCCCGUAUCUCUACCAUCACAAAUUAGGGCCAAGAGACAGGUUUUUGAUUUUAUCAUCCGAUGGAUUAUAUCAGUACUUCACAAAUGAAGAGGCUGUUUCCGAAGUUGAACUUUUCAUUGCAUGGUCGCCUGAAGGAGAUCCUGCACAGCAUCUGAUCGAGGAAGUGUUGUUUCGUGCAGCAAAGAAAGCAGGUAUGGACUUCCACGAAUUGCUCGAAAUACCACAGGGGGAGCGACGCCGUUACCAUGAUGAUGUUUCAGUGAUUGUUAUUUCUUUGGAGGGAAGGAUAUGGCGAUCGUGUGUAUAAAUAGAGGGAUAAACACAGAUAAAAAAGAAAAAAAAAAAAGAAAAGAUAA